AUAACAGCCAACCGAGGUUUUAAAAUUAUGCAAGUAUCUCGACCACCACGAUGCCACCUCCUCUAACAAAUUCGAUGACUCUCAAACGAAUUCACCGCGAGGUCGCCGACUUGAAGAGGGAGGAUUUGGGUGCAAUGACCCUUUCACCGUCAGAGGAUAGUCUCUUCUUAUGGAAAGGUACAAUUCCUGGGCCAGAGGGGAGUGUUUAUGAAGGUGGUGUCUUCAAUGUCGAUGUAACAUUGCCUGCAGAUUACCCGUUCUCUGCUCCGAAAGUUUCCUUCAAGACUAGAAUCUACCACAUGAAUAUUUCAGACCGAGGAGACAUUUGCAUCGACAUUCUCAAACAUAAUUGGUCGCCAGCUCUUUCCCUAUUCAAAGUCAUGCUUUCGCUUUCGUCGCUGUUGACAGAUCCGAAUCCAAAGGACCCGUUAGUAUCCGGAAUCGCCAAUCAAUACAUCACCAACCGCAAAGCUCAUGAUGACACUGCACGACAAUGGACGACCCUCUACGCCAAACCAAAGGCACUUACAAAACCCUCGUCGAAAGCCAUGGGUAAAGCUAAGAUUUCGGCAUCUAGCACAAGGAGUAAUCCGGUUUUGUCGGAAACCAUUGAAAUAAUCGGCUCGGACGAUGAAUCGCCUUCAAUAGGAAGACAUAAAGCGUCACGAACCGUUGGAACAAAGCGGAAGAGAGAAACGCGGCCUAGUGAAGGGGCCGAACUAGAGUUUAGCGAUGAUGAGGAAGCUCUUCCUAGCGGGAGCAGCAAGACGGCCUCAAGGGCCAGUGGUGGAAGGGUAGCUGCGAGCGGUAGUGGUAGACGAGUAGCACCUCGUCUUUCGAACGAAGUUAUCGUGAUUGAAGACGAUUGA